AUGAAGGGGGAGCCGCCCCCUUGUAUCUCACCCCCUCCCCCCCUCCCCCCCUUCCUCCAGCCCCUGCCCCACCCACGCAGCCGCGGGAGGGGAGAGGCAGGGCAGAGGGUGGGGCUGCAGGGGCUCACGGCGGCCACCCCCACCACGCCACCUCCCCUUCACUACCGCAGUCGCGGAAGGGAAGGCGCCGAGGAUGGGUCAUGGAGGCGACGGGGAGGGGGCGGGGACGCAAUGGGAAGACGACGGGAAGGGGACAGGGAGGUGCCGGGAAUGGGACGGGGAGGGGACGAGGAAGCGACGGGGGAGGGACGGGGAGGGUACGGGGGGGGACGGGGAUGGGACGGGGAGGCGACGGGAAAGGGAUGGGGAGGGGACGGGGAGGCGACGGGGGAGAGACGGGGAGGGUACGGGGGAGGGUACGGGGGGGGGGACGGGGAUGGGACGGGGAGGCGACGGGAAAGGGACGGGGAGGGGACGACGAAGCGACGGGGACGCGAUGCGAGGUCGACGGGGAGAGGACAGGGAGGCGACGGGGACGAAACGGAGACGAUGCGCGUAGGUGCUGGCGCGUUGGCGGUUCGGUGA